AUGGCUACGGCAGUUCAGCAGCUGAAGGUGCCUCAGGCACAGUUUCGUCCCUCUUGGUACACGCCCAUAGAACAAGGAAUCGUACUCCCCGAGUUCAUAGAUGGUGCCAGUGUAGGUGGAGCACCGUCCAGGUUCUAUCACUAUGCUGAUGCCACUGAAUCGAGCAACAGCGUGACCCCGGAGAUUCGGAAGUUCCUGCAGGCUUGUCGAACCGAUGUGGAGGAGGCGAGCCCUGAAGCCUUUACCUUUCCACCUGGGUCUCAUCCAGAUCUCUUCUGA